AUGAGGAGCAGCCUGACCCUGGUGGGGACCCUCUGGGCCUUCCUGUCCCUUGUUACUGCUGUGGCCAGUUCUACCAGUUACUUCCUGCCUUACUGGCUCUUUGGAUCCCAGCUGGGGAAGCCAGUGUCAUUCAGCACAUUCCGGAGGUGCAACUACCCUGUGCGGGGAGAGGGACACAGUCUGAUCAUGGUGGAAGAGUGUGGGCGCUAUGCCAGCUUCAGUGCCAUCCCAAGCCUGGCCUGGCAGAUGUGCACGGUGGUGACAGGUGCCGGCUGUGCUCUGCUGCUCCUGGUGGCAUUGGCUGCUGUCCUGGGCUGCUGCAUGGAGGAGCUCAUCUCCAGAAUGAUGGGACGUUGCAUGGGAGCAGCGCAGUUUGUGGGAGGGCUGCUGAUAAGCUCAGGCUGUGCAUUAUACCCCUUAGGAUGGAAUAGUCCAGAGAUAAUGCAAACGUGUGGGAAUGUCUCCAAUCAAUUUCAGUUAGGCACCUGUCGGCUUGGCUGGGCCUAUUACUGUGCUGGAGGUGGAGCAGCGGCUGCCAUGCUGAUCUGCACCUGGCUGUCUUGCUUUGCUGGAAGAAACCACAAGCCUGUCAUGUUGGUGGAUAGCAUCAUGAGAAACACCAAUUCUUAUGCCAUGGAGCUGGACCACUGCCUCAAACCUUGAGCUUUGGCAGAAAAUUGAAGAGGGUGGGAAAGAGGAGGGAGGGGAGACUUGAAAAGAGUUACUGAGACUGGGCCACUUGCCACUCCCUGCCAGUAGUAUAGCCUAGUUUGUAUGCUCUUUAGCUCACCAGUUAUUCACUUUCACUUACCCUUAAGCUGGUGGGUCAGCAGCUACUUACAAAAUUAAUCCAGAACCAUGAUACACUCAGAUGUUUCCCUAGCUACUGAGUACCCACUAGCCCUUAGGUCCCAAAGUGUUUCUUUAUGCGAAAUAAGGAAAAGAUCCUCUCUUGAAAGGUAACUAGACAAUCAAGCCACUCCUCAGAGUUUUGCAGCCCCUGUCUAUCACUUACCUUAAAGCUUAAAGGCUGGAUAAGUACACUUGUGCAGGGAGGAACCAGGGGAUGGACAGGGCUGAUUCCCACGACUCCACAUUGCCCUUCUCCUGGUAUUUAUUGCAUCUACAAACAUCUACGGAGUGCCACUGCUCAAAUUUUUGUAACUUUCUCAGGACUAUCCCUUGACUCUUCCUCUUUUCUCCUGCUUCUCUUCCCUUCCAAUUGUGGGGAAGCUUGUGGGGAUGGUGACUUCUAGCAGGGAAAACACUAACCAGGGAUGCUUGCAUAUAAUCUGAAACCCUUUCCUCUUUAUGCUUUAGAAUAUUCAUAAGAGUUCAUUUUGUGUUGUGGGUGGGUGACUGGCAUCAAAAGAGUGGCAAGUAUUCCUUAGUCCCUUAUAGAUAUAUAAACUGUGUUCAUCAAAUGUUCUGAGCAGAGAAAAGCAUUUGUUGUCCACUUAAUAAACAUGAA